AUGACUAAUGAUGACUCACAAGAUAUAGUCAAUCGCCCGUCAACAAACUCGGUUCCCGGUGCAAUUGCUGCCAGCAAAUCGUCACCAGUCCCCGGCACUAAAGUCCAUCUAGUGGCAGGCGGAGUGGCAGGUUUGGUCUCUGCUGUCACAUUGCAGCCAUUCGAUUUGCUCAAAACAAGACUUCAGCAGCAGCAGAGUAUCAGUGGCGUCGAGUUCCGGACAACCAUCGCCAAAGAGUUGAAGAAACUCACCCAGAUCAAAGACUUGUGGAGAGGGGCGUUGCCGUCCACGUUGCGGACAUCUGUGGGGGCAGGGCUCUACUUCACCAUUCUCUCCAAGUCCAGGACCUAUUUGGCAGAAGCCAAGGUCAACACCAACACCAAGUCGUCCACGUCAGUGCUUCCACGUUUGACUCCGUUUGAAAACUUGGCCACCGGGUUCGUGGUCAGAGCCAUCGUGGGCUUCAUCACCAUGCCAGUCACUGUGAUCAAGACCCGUUUCGAGUCAAAUAUCUACAACUACAAUUCAAUGUACGAGGGCGUGGAGGGCAUCUACCUCGGCAACCAGGGCCAGGUGGGUCAACCAGCUACCAAAUCGGUCCGCAACUUCUUCAAGGGCUCGGUGGCCACCUUGGCCCGUGACUGCCCCUAUGCUGGGCUCUACGUGUUGUUCUAUGAGGUUUUCAAGAACGACAUGAUGCCGUUGAUCACGCCAUUGGUGCUCCCCUCGAGCUUGCAGGAAUACAACUCGGGGGUGGUGAACUCGUCAGCUGCUGUGUUGGCCGCGUCAGUGUCCACCACCAUCACUGCGCCCUUCGACGCCAUCAAAACUCGGCUCCAGUUGACCAACCAGACCUCGAUUCUCAAAACAACCAGGGUGCUACUUGCCGAGGAGGGAGGCAUCAAAAACUUGUUCCGGGGGUUGUCAUUGCGGUUGAGCAGAAAGGGGUUGAGUGCAGGUAUCAGUUGGUGCUUGUAUGAGGAGUUCUUGAGAAGCAGCGUCGCCAGCAAAGUGUUGCUGAGCUAA